AAAAAAAAAAAAAAUCUUUGAAUUGGUGGAACCUGGAAUAAAGAUAGUAGAAAAUAAACUUUAGGAAAGUCCGACCUCCUAACUAGGGAAAAGACUAAAAGGCUAGAAGAAGAGGACAGAGGUUAAUCUGAAAAUUACCGUCGCCGAAACCGUUGUUGGACGCGGAGGAGGUGGUCCUUGAUUGUUGAUCCCGUGACCGCGAGGCUCUUCAUUGCUUCAACGGAAAGGAUGGGGAUUUCAACGGUGGAGGAAGGGAGCCCCGGAAAGGAGCAGCAGGCCGCUGGAUUGGGGAUUCUCCUUCAGAUUAUGAUGCUCGUCCUCUCUUUCGUCCUCGGCCAUGUUCUUCGCCGUCACAGAUUCUAUUAUCUUCCUGAGGCCAGCGCUUCUUUGCUUAUCGGUUUGAUUGUUGGGGGACUUGCUAACAUCUCCGACACUGAAACAAGCAUAAGGGCGUGGUUCAAUUUCCAUGAGGAGUUCUUUUUCCUCUUUCUCCUACCUCCAAUCAUCUUUCAAUCAGGGUUCAGCCUAUCACCUAAACCCUUUUUCUCCAACUUUGGGGCCAUUGUCACAUUUGCUAUCCUAGGGACUCUUAUAGCUUCAGUUGUUACAGGCGUUUUAGUCUACCUCGGUGGUCUCAUGUACCUCAUGUACAGACUUCCUUUUGUUGAAUGCCUAAUGUUUGGUGCUCUUAUAUCAGCAACCGAUCCUGUUACUGUUCUUUCCAUAUUUCAGGAACUUGGCACUGAUAUGAACCUUUAUGCUUUGGUGUUUGGUGAAUCUGUCUUGAAUGACGCUAUGGCAAUAUCUUUGUACAGGACAAUGUCCCUUGUAAGAAGUCAUGUCUCAUCUGGACAAAACUUCUUUAUGGUGAUUGUCAGGUUUCUUGAGACCUUUGUUGGCUCAAUGUCUGCAGGUGUCGGAGUUGGAUUUACUUCUGCUCUACUCUUUAAGUAUGCAGGAUUGGAUAUUGACAAUCUUCAAAACUUGGAGUGCUGUCUUUUUGUUCUUUUUCCUUAUUUCUCGUACAUGCUUGCAGAAGGUCUCAGCCUCUCUGGUAUUGUAUCAAUAUUGUUUACAGGAAUUGUUAUGAAGCACUACACAUACUCAAAUUUGUCAGAAAAUUCUCAGCGCUUUGUAUCUGCUUUUUUUCACUUAAUAUCAUCACUGGCUGAGACAUUUACAUUUAUAUACAUGGGUUUUGAUAUUGCCAUGGAAAAGCACAGCUGGUCACAUGUUGGAUUUAUCUUUUUCUCAAUUUUAUUUAUUGGAGUUGCCAGGGCAGCCAAUGUCUUUUCUUGUGCAUAUCUGGUCAAUUCGGUUCGUCCUGUACAUCGGCAAAUACCUUUAAAUCAUCAAAAAGCACUUUGGUAUAGUGGACUUCGAGGGGCUAUGGCUUUUGCCCUUGCUCUGCAAUCUGUUCAUGAUCUUCCAGAAGGACAUGGCCAGACUAUAUUCACUGCAACAACUGCCAUUGUUGUUUUGACGGUGUUGUUAAUUGGAGGUUCAACAGGUACGAUGCUAGGAGCUCUGCAAGUUGUAGGAGAUGGCCAUGAUGGCCACUUAGGUGAAAUCUUUGACGGUAAUAAUGGAUAUGUUGCUCCAACUUAUAAUGAAGAUGGAACAACAGGGAACAGGUUUAAGAUGAAACUGAAAGAGUUCCAUAAAAGCACAGCAUCAUUCUCUGCAUUAGAUAGGAAUUACCUCACCCCAUUCUUCACAAGCCAGAAUGGAGAUGAUGAAGAAGAGCAUGAUGACCCAAUGCCCAGUUCUAGAAACGGAGGGUUUCAUGACCAUAGCUAAUCUCAGUGACAAUCAAACGAGGACACGUAUGCCACUUGAUGGAAUUAACUUCGUAGAUAUUUUUACAUAUGAUCAAGCACAUUGCAUGUCUGGUUGGAGGAACUGGAACUGUGCAUACAUUCUACCUUUUUACAAUAAAAAAUUUCAUAUCAAGAGAUCUAUCUAUGACAUGACAUCGUCUGUAUAGUUAGCAUUCUUUUCACGAUUUCUUUUAGGGAUUGAUUACAUGCUUAUUAAUCUGCCAAGGAUUUUUAAAUGCUGGAGUUGUGUAGGAGAUAAUGCAUAUUAAAUGUUUAUAGAGGUUGUUUUCACAAUUUACCAUUGAUUCUUGUUUUA